CUGGUGCUGCUGGACGUCUUGCUCUUAAAGCCCCAGGCGCACCGCCACGUGGUGCACAACCUGGUGCUCGCCUCGGCUGUCCCCCUCGCUUGUGCCCUUCCCACUGUUCUUCUACAGCCUUCUCCUCUCCAGCCCUCCAGAGUGCCUUGCGCUCCCGCUUCUGAUAUGGAAGUACGAGUGGGGCAUGCUCUUCCUCUCAGUGCAAGUGCUGCUCUUCGUCUCACACAUUGCCUCCUUACAAG